CAAAAAUAAAAUAAUGCUUGACAUGGAAGAAUACUUAGAUACAAAGUUGCUUCAUGAAAAGGAACCAGUUACCUACAGACUCCUAACAAGACAAUUUCGCAUUCCUGUAAAUACUGCCAAGCAAGUUUUACAAGAUUAUGCAAACGCACAUCAACAAAUACACGCAACUUAUUGCUUGAUCGGUACAGAAAAAGCAUCUGACAGUAAUCAGCUUGUAAUUCGCAUGGCAAAGAGUAAUGAACUAGAGUCUGUAAAACAAACAUUUAAACAUAUAUCAGGAACACAAGUUUAUAGUCUCUGUCCAUAUGAUCCAAAGGAUUUAUCUGUAAUUAUAGCAGCUGAUGAAAAUCUUCCUAAGCUGACAGCCGAGGAUCGCACAAAGUGCGGUUUGUUGCAGAAUACUCGUUUAGUAAAUAAAUCAAGCGUCAAGCAAGAAUCUAGACCAACCCAUUCGAUCUCUGUACCGAAAGAAACACCAGCACCAACACCAACACCAGUUCCUGCACCAAAGGCAACACCAGCAAAGGCAACACCAGCAAAGGCAACUCCAAACACAUUUGGUGCAUUCUUAAAAAACAAGACAUCAAAUGCAUCAACAUCCAGUAAAAGAAAGUCAUCUGAAUCUGAAGAACCCAAAUCAAAAAACCACCAUAUUUCCAAGAAGAUUAAAGAUUCUAGUAAACCUAUAAUCCCAGCUGUCGCAUCAGAGGAAGAAGAAUCUGACGAAGAACUCGAUCGACGACUAGCCCGAUCUAAUUUGAAUGCAAACGUCUUUACGGAUGAAGAAGAUGAUAUAUUUGACGAUGAUAUUCCAACUGAAACAAAAACAUACACUGAUAGUAAUGAAACACCUGGGUCUGAUAAGUCGGCAAAAGAUGAAGAUGUUGCGAUGGCGGACAAUCCAAUUGAUGUUGAUUCUGUUAAAGAGAUUCCCGAAAAGACAAAAGAAAACGAGCUAGAAACAAAAGAUGGGUCAACAACUUCCUCGACACCUGGAAAGAUUCGACGCAAAGUACAAAAAAAGAAAACAUAUGUGAACGAACGUGGAUUUAGAGUUACUGAAAAUGUGUGGGAGUGGGAAGAGGUUGAUGCCGACACCGCUUCUGAUACUCCUGCUACCGUUCCUAUUUUUUCCAAUUUGAAUAAUACUGCCAAAAAAACUAUCGCACAGACAGAAAAUACACCCAAACCAAAGGCAGCCCCGGCGGCGAAGAAGGGUGCGAAGAAGGGAGCAGCAUCUGCUGGACAGGCAAAUCUGUUAAGCUUUUUUGGUAAGAAGUAA